AUUUUUGCACAGCGUUUGUGAACCAACGUCUCCCUUCGCGACUAGUAGUAGCGCCCCCAAAUAUUCAAUGUACCCGCUGCCAUCAACAAACAAUCUGCUCUGCAAGCAAGUGCAUCCUCUAGAUUCUAGGGUUUCCUCCUCAAAUCCCUAUCCACAAUUUCCCAAAUUCUUCCCCAAAAAUUUCUCUCCUUCCACACAAUGCAGCUCCUCAACUCCGAUGAACCCGCCUCCGAAACCCGCAGCCAUCCCGAGAAACCCCAAGAAGAAUCCAGUUCCCCCGCGACCGAUUCAUCGGACUCUACAACCGACGAAGGCGUGGCCCUCGACGUUUCCGGGAAGAGCCUGGAGUUUUCGGCGGUGGAUGAGGAGACCGCGGAGGACUCCGCUGCGGAGAGCUUGUACCUCUACAGGAACGUUUACAGCUUGGUUCCGAAGUGGGUGGGUGGUCUGGCACGGUUGAAGACGCUGAAGUUCUUUGGGAACGAGGUGAACUUGUUCGCUCCGGAGUUCAGGGGCAUGACGGCACUGGAGUGCUUGCAAAUGAAGAUUUCAUCGCCUGGGAUCGGUGGGUUGCCGCUUCACAAGCUGAAUGGGUUGAAGGAGCUCGAGCUCUCCAGAGGGCCACCAAGGCCUUCGGCUUUUCCAUUGUUGGCCGAGAUUGCUGCCCUUAAGCGAUUGACUAAGCUUUCUAUUUGUCAUUUUUCUAUCAGAUAUCUACCUCCGGAAAUUGGAUGCUUAAAGAAUCUGGAGUAUCUUGACCUUUCAUUCAAUAAAUUGAAGACAUUGCCGUCAGAGAUCAGUUGCUUGAAUAGCUUAAUAACCAUGAAAGUUGCGAAUAAUAAGCUAGUGGAGCUACCGUCCACAAUGACCUCUCUUACAAGGUUGGAGAGUUUGGACCUUUCAAAUAAUAGGUUGACUUCGUUAGGCUCUAUUGAACUUGGUUCCAUGUGUAGGCUUCAGCUCUUAAAUCUUCAGUACAACAAGCUGCUCAGCGUUUUUCACAUUCCUUCAUGGAUAUGCUGUAAACUGGAAGGAAAUGAUGGAGGUGGGUGUAACGAUGAUUGUAGCAGUUCUUCUGUUGAAAUGGAUGUCUACGAAAGCAGUCAACAGGAAAAUGAUCGAACAAUUUCUAAUGGUGCGCAUAAUACCUCAUCAAGCACAUUAACUAGUACCUCAUCUAGCAGUAGAUGUUUCUCAGCCCGAAAGUCAGGUAAAAGGUGGAAGCGGCGGUUUUAUUUACAGCAAAAAGCUCGUCAAGAGCGCCUGAAUAACAGCAGGAAGUGGAAAGUUGUAGAUCAAGAUCAAUUAUUGAGCAAUAAUAUUCAAAUAAUUUCUGAGUCUGGAAACAUUGCUGCUGCAAGUUGCAAAGAAACUGUAUCAGACCAUGUGAAUCUGGAUGAUAAUGGGAAAAAAAUAUUCUCUGAAAAAGAAGUAAAUGAUAAUUUAAGUGGUAAUAAUAAGGAUGAAGUAAUAUUAGAAAAGCAAUUUUCUAGUGACAAUUGCCAUACUGCUGAAUGUAAAGAUGAAAGAGAUGCAUCCUUAAAUGGACCUGGUGAACAGGAUGAACAAUCUUUGGAGAUUUUGAAGUGUUUUUCUACAAAGAGGUAUUCAGAUCGGCAUCUUGACAAUCCUAAACCAUGCAAGUUUAGAAAACCAAUUGUUGAUGCCUCAAUAUUGGCUUGCAAGUACAGUAAGUUCUCAAUUUGUGGUAUUGAAGACCAUCUGUCAGAUGGGUUUUAUGAUGCAGGACGUGAUCGGCCAUUUAUGCCUCUUGAGAGUUAUGAGCAGAAUCAGUGCCUUGAUUCUCGUGAGGUCAUCCUACUAGACAGGAAAAGGGACGAAGAGUUGGAUGCUGUAUUGCUCUCUGCUCAGGCACUGGUCACAAAUUUGAAAAAGUUAAAUGGUUUAAAUACACGUGGGAUGCAUGCCGUAGUUGAUAGCUUGCAGACAGCUUCACUGCUUGCACUCUUUGUAUCGGACCAUUUUGGUGGCAGCGAUAGAAGUGCUAUGGUAGAAAGAACACGGAAAUCUGUGUCAGGUUCAAACUAUAAUAAGCCUUUUGUUUGUACGUGCUCAGCUGGAAGCAGCACCAGUAUGACUUCUUCUAAAAAACCUGCUGUAAACACCAUAGAAGAUAUCACUCUUUCUAGAAUCUCUGAACAAUGUAUCGAUUCUAUUAAAAAAAGGCGAAGUUCAAUCAUAGUCCCUAUUGGUUCUGUGCAGUAUGGUGUAUGUAGACAUAGAGCUCUGCUUUUGAAGUAUUUAUGUGAUCAUAUGGUGCCAGCAGUGCCUUGUGAGCUUGUCAGGGGUUACUUGGACUUUUCCCCACAUGCAUGGAAUAUCAUUCUGAUUAAGAGGGGUGAUACAUGGGUCCGAAUGCUGGUUGAUGCUUGUCGACCCCAUGACAUAAGAGAAGAGAAGGAUCCUGAAUACUUCUGCAGGUACGUACCUCUUAGUCGAGCCACGAUCCCCCUUUCUUCUCGUGGAAGUCAUGGUCCUGAUUGUUUGUUUCCAUCUCUCUCUACUUGUGACGAACUUAAGAAAAAAGCUUCCACUACUUUAGUGCAGUGCAAAAUUGGGUCAGUUGAGGCUGCAGCAAAGGUACGUACUUUGGACGUGCAGGGAAGUUCAGCAGCCGAAAUUAGAAAUUUUGAUUAUAAUUGUUUGGGAGAAGUUAGAAUUCUAGGUUCGUUAAAACAUCCCUGCAUAGUGGAAAUGUAUGGACACGAAAUAUCGUGCCAAUGGACUUUCACAGCUGAUGGCAAGCCUCACAAUCGCAUAUUAAGAUCUGCAAUUUUUAUGGAGUAUGUUGAUGGCGGCUCCUUGAAAAACUAUUUGGAAAAGCUAUCAGAAGCUGGUGAAAAGCAUGUCCCUAUGGAGUUGGCGUUGUAUAUCGCCAGAGAUGUCUCCUCUGCCUUGUCAGAGCUGCACUCAAAGCACAUAAUUCAUCGGGACAUUAAAAGUGAAAACAUCCUGUUUGAUUUGGAUAGAAAGACUGAUGAUGGAACUCCCACUGUGAAGUUGUGUGAUUUUGACAGUGCAGUGCCACUAAGAUCACGUAUGCAUGCUUGCUGUAUUGCACAUAUGGGAACUCCACCUCCUUCUGUAUGUGUUGGAACACCACGGUGGAUGGCUCCAGAAGUUAUGCGGACUAUGUAUGAAAAACGCGCUUAUGGAUUGGAAGCUGAUAUUUGGUCAUUUGGAUGUUUACUUUUGGAGAUACUGACUCUGCAAAUUCCAUAUUAUGGAGUACCUGAUUCAGACAUCCAUGACAGUCUGCAGAUGGGUAAGCGGCCACGAUUAAUAGAUGAACUGGAGGCAUUGAGUUCAAUGAGUGAACCCUCAGUAAUUCAAUCUGGCGAAGACCUGGAAAAAUCAGAUGCAGAGGCAGACUUGCUGAAAUUCCUUGUUGGGUUGUUUCAUAGAUGCAUGGAAGAAAAUCCUGCAGAGCGUCCUACAGCUAAAGAAAUCCAUGAAAUGCUACUUGCACGCACAGGCCGUUUACAAGCACAAGAUGAUAGGAAGAUUUAGGUAGGCUAUUGGGGCAGCCCUGUCCUGGGAAAUAUAUUCUAGCCCGUCAAUGUUAUAUUAUUAGAAUAAAUUAUAUUCAUUCUUUUUCUUCAUAAAGUUUUAGGUAGGACUUAUUCAAGAAUAACCAUUCUUUACCAGGUCAGUGACUUAUGCGGCUCUAAUAUAGUGUAGUGUAACUGUAAUGUAAUUUUAUCUAGGUCUACUGGGUUUUUAAUGUCUGAGAUGUACUCAGGCAUUCCCCAUUUAAUUUAUCAGGCCCCGUCGAAUUGUAAUCUGUUGUAGUUUCGAAUUGUAUCCAGAUGUAAUUGAGCAUAUUUUUUGCCAGAUUAUAAGAGAGAUGAAUGAUUGUUUUCUUAUAUA